AUGGAGGGCAAUAAGAGUAAGGAAGUUGAAUGUGCAGAUUCCAGGGACUUUUCCUUUAGAAUAAACAACUUGGACAUGGAUAAUCCAGAGCAUGUUGUGUGGGCAUACAAGAACAUUCAGCGGGUGUAUAGCCAUUCGGCUCCGGACUUCAACAAGAUGAUCAAGAUGAUGAUGGAGCACAGACCACUGGACUUUAACACGGGUCUAGUUGUGUUGGAAGAAGUUGCGAACAUUCUACAGAGCUGUUUUGUUGAAGAGAAAAAGGAUGAGGAGAUAAGCUUUGUUGCCAGCAGAUGCGGGCUUGCCAUUGGGGACAGAACGGACGCGCCUGAGAUGCAAUGCGUAGACUACCUCUAUAGACUUGUUAUCCCAUUUGCCAGGACUUGCACAAAGCAGGUAGUUGAUAUUGUGGCCUUUCUGUUUACCAGAACAACUGUAGCCGAGUUUGACGAACUAUUUGAGAUAUUUGGCAAGAAAAAAGACUUUCUUGUCGAGCUGUAUCUCCUAAAAGUUAAGCUGAUGAGGGAAAGAAGCUCCAACUAUAGGUGCAGAAGAUGCAGAAACGUUAAUGAAAUGAAUUGCCUGUCUAUGGAAGAGUGUAUCAAAAACAUGAAAAUAUCUCUGGUUGGCAAAAGUAAGGAAGAGGCGGACCAGGAGAAGAAGACGGACUUCUAUUCAAUAGAUGAUGCCACUCAGAAUAGAAAGGAAAAGUGUAGCGGUGCAGAGGAAGCAGCAGAGGACCUUGCCCUUAGCCAGGACAGGCCGUUCUUCGAGCCCAAUGCCGAGUCUGACUCGUCGGCAAGCACCAAAUGCUCGGACACAUCCGACGAAAAAAAUAAGUUAAAUGGAUCCAGUCCCAACCACAAGUUCCAUCAAGUGUCUAAUGAGCCCUCGUGCCCUAAUUUGAUCUGUAUGUGUGGAGCAGCUGGGCAAGUGGGGACUACGUGUUUGUGUGCCUCUUACGAGACUUCUGAUGAGAUCCACUGCCUAGGCGAGGCCAAAAAACAUCUGAUGGACAUCGAGUCUAUUUCUCCAAGGUUCUUUCUCGAGAAUGUUGCCCUAUAUCUCAGCCUAUCAUUCGACGAAGAACUUCUGAAUUUGUUUAGAAAGUACACGAACACAGAAUAUCAGGCGGUUUGUGCCUCUCAUGUGUUUAAACUAAGGACAGUAGACUCUGGAACCAUAGAGGCAAUGGUCGAGGAAAUGAGAAAUGCAAAAAGAGAAAUGCUAAAGUCUGAUUUCCUACCCAUCACAAGCACAACCUUUGGUCUGUAUAUCGGGUGGUGCAUGGACACCUUCGGAUCAAUAUCAAUUUCCUCUGUCAGCGAUUAUUCAGAUAUAAGCAGGCUAUACAUAAGAUUCCUUAGAGCCUUCCGGCACAAGAAAAUGUUCCUUAUUCUUGCGGAAAUAUGCGGAUGUAGGAUAGAAAGAGUCUCUGCCGUAGCCUGUGCAUACAUCGCCGAUAACCUGGAGGAGAUCGUCGAAAUCUUUCUGAAUUUAUUUGAUAACACGGAGGCCGACCCCAGGCUAAGCAAAGACGAAGAAAAGGUGCUUAAUACAUUGCUGAAUGACGAAAAGAUAUUUAAGGACGUCUGCCGACUCGAUGCUCCAGGCUUCUGUAUAAAACAGGAACUAGAAAAAAUUGUUCUUGAGGUGUGCAGGCGCCACAGAAAAGCCUUUCUUCCUCAGAUCAAAAUCCUGCACCGCUUUUUAGAUAGCGAAUUCAGAUUGAAGGUCAUCGGGAUCCUGUGUACUGACUAUGCUAAUGACUGGAGAUACCGAAGGGCACUGCUUCAUUCAUACAGGGAGAACCCCUGUUUUUUCAAAGGUGUUUUGAAUCUCACCAGCUUUACUAAGGAUCCUGUAUUCAUAGUUAGAAGAACUGCGCUAGACAUAAAAGAGGAGCUUGGCUCGGAGAUCAUAGAGGGUGCCUGA